UGUAAUUAGUAAUUACAUCUAAGUAUUUUGCUUAUUUAUUUAUUACUUAUUUGUUUUAUUAUUACCGGUGCAAAAUGACAGCGAAAGAAACAAACUUUUCCGAAGAUUAGGUUUGGAUUUACCGUCAUAGAAAAAGACGGGUUACAAUUGCCUCAGUGUGUGAUAUGUAUGAAAGUUUCAAGUAAUGAUAGCAUGAAGCCCAAUUGCCUUGAAAGGCAUUUGAAGCAACAACAUGGUACUCUGGUUUUGAAGACGAAAGAGUUUUUUCUUCUAAAGUAGAAUCACUCAAGCGGAUGAAACUGGAUAAAUCGAGAAGUUAUCACACAGCUUCACUUCAAAUAGCUUUUAUGAUAGCAAAGCAAAAGAAACCUCAUACUAUUGGUCAAGAAGUAAUAAAACCAUGUGUCCUAAAAGCGACGCAGAUAAUUUUAGGAGAAGAUGCAGAGCAAAAAAUGAAGUAUAUUUCUCUUUCCAAUAACACAGUCAAGCGUAGAAUCGAUGACAUUGCAGCAGACAUAAAAUAACAAAUAAUUAACAAAGUAAAAUUAUCGCCAUUUUUUGCCAUUAGUUGCGAUG